AUGGGAAGUAGAAGACAUAAGAACAAACAAGCUGACCCACCUUCAUUUGAAGAGUUCACACAGAAGAAGGGCAGAAAGAGAUCAAACUCUGAAUCUCAGGAAUCUCUCAAUAAGAAGUCCAAGGGCGUGGAAAAGUCCAAGGGAGUGGAAAAGUCCAAGGGAGUGGAAAAGUCCAAGGGAGUGGAAAAGACAAAGAAGAAGUCAAAGAAGUUGAAUGAAGAGGAAGAAGAGUUGUUGAAGCUCAAAGAAGAGGAAGCCAAAUUGCCAGAGGUUGAUUUGGAAGAGUUGUCAAGUGCAAAAAAGUCGUUGUUCGAUGAUUCUGAAGACGAAGUUGGCGAUGAUGAUGAGUUUGACGUUGAAGAUGAAGCAGGCGACGAGUUCUACGACUCCGAUGAAGAAACUCGUGCUCAACCUAUGUUUUCAGAUGAUGAUGACGAUGAGGAUCUUGAGACACUGAAUGCUGCUAACAUGGAAGCACUCUCCGCAAGACUCGAUGAGGAAGCUGCGCAGGAAGAAUUGGACGCAGAGGAAGAACUGUUACAGACAAACAUUGCACAACCAAGAGCUAAAAUCCUUCCAAAUGAAGAAGAGCUGGCACUGGAGUCUCAAGGGCCAAAGGACUUGACCGUGCUACGUACAAGAAUGAUUGAGUUGGUCAAAGUAUUGGAAGAUUUCAAGAAUCUGGCCGAGGAGGGAAGAUCAAGACAAGAAUACACAGAUAGACUCCUACAGGAUAUUUGUGACUAUUUCGGCUACUCUCAGUUCUUAGCAGAGAAACUGUUUAACUUGUUCUCUCCAUCUGAAGCUAUGGAGUUCUUCGAAGCCAAUGAGAUUGCAAGACCAAUAACAAUCAGAACAAACACCUUGAAGACCAGACGUCGUGACUUGGCACAGACCUUGGUCAACCGUGGUGUUAACUUACAGCCAAUUGGACCAUGGACCAAGGUUGGUUUGCAAAUCUUUGAUUCCCAGGUUCCAAUUGGUGCUACUCCUGAAUACCUAGCAGGUCAUUACAUCCUUCAGGCUGCGUCUUCGUUCUUGCCUGUUAUGGCUUUAGCUCCUCAGGAAAACGAGAGAGUGUUGGAUAUGGCUGCUGCUCCAGGUGGUAAAACCACCUACUUGGCUGCAUUGAUGAAGAAUACCGGCUGUAUCUUCGCCAAUGAUUCCAACAAGGCUAGAACUAAGUCAUUGAUUGCAAAUAUCCAUCGUUUGGGAUGCACAAACACAAUCGUAUGUAAUUAUGAUGCUAGAGAGUUCCCAAAGGUCAUUGGUGGCUUCGACAGAGUCCUAUUAGAUGCCCCAUGUUCAGGUACAGGUGUUAUUGCUAAGGAUGAAUCUGUCAAGGUGUCCAGAACUGAGAAAGAUUUCAUUCAGAUCCCGCAUCUACAGAAACAGCUGUUGUUGAGUGCCAUCGAUUCGGUGGAUGCUAACUCUCCAACAGGUGGUUAUAUCGUCUAUUCUACUUGUUCCAUAAUGGUUGAAGAGAAUGAAGCUGUUGUCGAUUAUGCCUUGAGAAAGCGUCCAAAUGUUAAGCUCGUCGAGACCGGCCUGGAGAUUGGUAAGGAGGGCUUCACAAGCUUUAGAGGGAAGACCUUCAACCCAAAGGUGAAGUUGACCAGACGUUAUUACCCACAUACCUACAACGUGGAUGGCUUCUAUGUUGCAAAGUUCAAGAAGAUUGCUACGAGUCCUCAUGAUGUUUCAAAAGCAGGUGCAAAGGAGAAGGAGAACGCUGCCAGAGCCGAAGAGGAGGAAGAAUCCCUUAUCCACGGUGACUUUGCAACAUUCGAUGAUGAAGAAGAUACUCAGUUCAUCGAAAAGUCUAAGAAGAGACACUUUAAAAAGAAAGGUAUUAACCCACAGUCACAGAAGUAA